UGCUUCCUGCACGCACAUGAGACGAACCAACGUGGCUUUUGCUUUUUGACAAGAGAUCGUUGCAGCUUUUGAAUGUAGUUACAUGUUUGUUAAAUAAAACGUUUGCAUGUGAACACCGGCAUCAACGCAGCGAGCUGUUUGACAAGUGAAAAGGUCCUCUGAAAACAUGUUUAAUGAGGAUGAAGACUGGAGUGACGGGCAAGACGCUCAAAUCCUGAGUAAAACUGUCCCCAAAAACACCCAGAAGGCGAACAACGGCACACACGUUGAGUCCAAGGUCGUUGGUAAAAAGAGCCUGCUGCGGACCCUGCAGACACUGGGAUCAGUACCAGAGUGGAAGAGCGAUGAUCACCAGCAGAACAGUGACAGUGAGACAGAAGUGGCUCCGUCACACUCCAAGAAAAAGAAGAAAAGAAGGAAAAAAAGAAAACAUGCAGAGACGUCAGAGGAGCAGCAAGAGAAUGGAGACUUAGAUCAGAGUGUCAAGGAGGAAAAACCUGUGACAAAAAAGAGAAACAAAGGCAACAAAUUUAAGGCCUUGAAAGUAAAAGCCAGCCCUGAAGUGGAGACAAAGGAUGAAGAAAUAACAAAAUCUGCAAAGAUGAACCUAAACAAAGCAAAGAACACAGAGGGACUCAGCAGAAAACAAUGGAAAAACAAAAUGAAGAACAAGAGGAGAUGUAAAAAUAAAUACCGCCAGAAUAAAUCUGAGAAGGAAGAGAAUGAAGCAGAAUCUGUAGAUCAACAAAAGCCAAAGGGAGAAGUAAAAACCGAUCCACAUAGCAACAACAGCAGCGGAAAAAUCACUCAGACAGCAGCCCAGAAAGAGAAAAAGGAGAAAGAACCUAAACCACAGAAAAGGAAAAAGACUGAAGAGGACACUGACACAUCCUGUGCAUCGGAGAAACAAACACUGAGAGAGGAAAAGCAACUGACUGAAAAAGAGAAAAAAACAAAGGUUGGCAAAGUUGAAAAAGGUGCAACUAAAUCUUCAGCUGAUGGAUAUGAACCUGAAGUUGAGAUCGCAGAUGAUCAGCAGAAGUUACCCAUGAAAAGACCAAACCCCGAGCUGAGCAAAGAACAGAGUCUGAAAAGAGAGAAGCUGCGGAAAAUGCUCCACAGUAAGGAAACAGACCAUCAAGAGACUCCUGUCGAGCAGAAAGACGAGCCGACAGUACCAGAAGAAGAGGUGAAACAGGACCGCUCUGCCACCCUCAGGUCCCGCAUGGAGCAGCGUUUGGAGUCGGCUCGUUUCCGCUACAUUAAUGAGGUUUUGUACAGCACAUCCAGUGACGAGGCAAAGCAGAUGUUCAAACAGGAUCCACAGGCCUUCUGGAUCUACCACAGAGGAUACACUGCACAGGUUCAGAGGUGGCCCGCCAAUCCAGUGGACGCCAUCAUCGCUUACAUUCGGCAAAAACCAUCUUCCCUCGUGGUUGCAGACUUUGGGUGUGGUGACUGUAAAAUAGCACGUAGUGUGAAGAACAAAGUGCACAGCUUUGAUCUGGCAGCUGCCUGUGAGCUUGUUACAGUGUGUGACAUGGCCAACGUCCCACUUCGUGACGGCUCUGUGGACAUCGCCGUGUUCUGCCUUUCCCUCAUGGGGACCAACCUGGCAGAUUUUUUAGCAGAGGCCAAUCGAGUCUUAAAAAUGAGGGGUGUCCUUCAAAUAGCUGAGGUGGCGAGUAGAUUUGACAACGUGCGGAGCUUCAUCACUGCACUGGCAAAUCUGGGAUUCAAGAUGGUUUCCAAGGACACAGAGAAUACUCAUUUCUUCUCCUUUGAAUUUGUGAAGACCGGAGAUGCUCCAGAAAAUGUUAAGAAAUUUGGACUUCAGUUGAAGCCUUGUGUGUACAAGAAAAGAUGAGGAAGUUAAAGAACUUCAAAGUCGUUAUGUUUAUUUUUCCCACAUAUUUUCUUUGAAUUGGUAUAGAAAUGGACAUUUUUUUAAAGCAUCAUAAAGUUUUACACUUUCAUCUAAGUGUAUUGUAUUCUUUUGAUACAUUUUUGUUCACAGAUUUCAACAUACUUGAAUUAUGUGCAUCAUAUGCACUUUUCCUGUAAUACACAUCUGUGAUUAUGUGCCAUCACUGCAUACAGGUUCCCUUUCUAAACAGGAUCCAGAUAAAUUGUAAAGGAAGAGAGAUGGUAGAGAAUUCCUGAGGGAAAAUCUGCAAAUGAAACUGGAAUCUUUGGUGUGAUGAGGAAAACCUGAUUCAGCUGUGUGCCUAAUCAUUUGCCACAAGAGGGUGCAACAACACUGCGACCUAAAGUAGGAAGUGAGGCCAGGCUGUCUGCAUCUGGAUCGUAGACUGUAUGAAACGUUAUUUAUAGAAUUACUCUUGUUGUCACAGCAAAUGUCCUAAUUUAGUCGACCAAAGAUAUCACAAGGGCAGAUAGCGUGUAGGGUCGUAGCCAAGUCUGUCAGUCAUCUCUACUGUAUCUGGAAACAUGUUUGUUGUGGUGCAGUCAUAUGGUUACAAAAUAAACAAAACAGAAAAGU